AUGAACCCUUCUUCUCGAACCAACCGUCAUGAUAACCCUAGUCCUUCCUUAAAUGAGGUCGCCUCAACCGAGAUUCAGAACACUCACCCCACAUUAACUACUACAAUGACUGUUGCUACAUUUCAACAUCCUCACGACAACGGUUACCAUCAUAAUGAUCUUGAAAUUCAAUCCUCCCCUCUGAAUGGAAAUCACCAGCAUCCAGUUCCAGACAAUCAAUCCACUUCCUCUUGUAACCAUAGUCAUAAUUCAGAGGCUUCUUCACCACCACCUCCUUCUCAUCCAUGCUUUUUGAAUGGUCAUGAUCAAGAAGCUUUCCCAUCCCUCCAACCGCAACAAAGAGUGUUUGCCGAAGAAUUCGUGGAACCCAAUACUCCAUGUGAAACUCCUUGCACCAUUUGGCUUUCUUCAUUCACAUCCCUCUCCCAACUUUCCCUCAAUUCUUAUAUAGUUCCUCAAGUUGACUGUACAGCUAAAGAAGCAUUUGAGGAUGAAUUCAAUCGUAAAUGUAAACCCUACAAGAGCGUCAAUCACUUGAGCCGCAAUUUGACUCCAUCCUCCAACAACUCAUUCCUACAAACAACCUCCUCAUCAACAACAACUGAAACUGCCAUGACUUGUGCAAGUAUGAAGGGUGCUUCCUCUCUUUCCCUUGAUCUAUCCACUGCUCGAGUUGUUGCUAAUGUUUUGAAUAAUGCUCUCUUCAAACGAUCUGAAUUGCAACAAAAAAAGAUCCUUAAACAAAAACAUAGCACCAAAAGAGCCACAGGAGAUCAUUUGACUAAAUUGGUGAUUCCUCCUUCGAAUGUAACCAUUUUGAAUUCAUCCAAUACCACUUCCUCCUCAACAGUAAACGAUUCUACCAUUCUGAUCAAGCAAAAGAGAUAUUGA